AGGCGCCCCUCGGCGCCCCCCACCCCCGAGCAUCCCCUCGGUAUCUGGGAAGCCCAGGAGCUGCCGUUGGGCUGCAGCUCUCCGUCAGGCUGUACCCUGGGGGUAGCCGGUCCCCCCGCGUCUCCCGGGAGCGGCGCGUUGAUGGGCGGCACGGUGCAUUGUGGGAUAACCGUGGGAGGUGUAGUUGUGCCACGGGGAGCCGUAACUGUAGCGAAGCCGAUGGGGAUCCGCGCAGGCGAGGCUUCGGGCUGCAGUGGCUUCAUCAGCGUUGCUGCCCGGCCCUUGGAAACUGUAGUCUCUGUAGCGUAGUUAACGCUACCCUGACAGAUUGUUUGAAACGCUUAUGCGGAUGUGGAGUGUGUUACAUAUUCGCUACAAGAUUAGACUUUUUCUUUGUACGGCAGAUGUUUCCAGCGUAGGCUAGGCCGUUUACUCUAGUGCAGCUGCUGGCAGUUCUUAGAUGGUAGCUUUUUCUCUUUCCUUUUGCUAUAGUCUCUUGAUGCUGUCCAUGGAUGUCUCCCCAUCUGUGUUAUAGCUAAUUGUAUUCCCUCUUUUGUUGUUUUGUAUAUAUUUUUAAUUCAGUGAUCAUCGGGGAAUCUUAGGUUUUAACUCUGAAAGUCUACACUUGCAUAUCCAGAGUUGUAUUUUGAAAGUUAUCUGCUAACGUAUACAUGCAGAACAUUCAAACAUAUUUAAAUCCUAGUCUAGACAAGGCAUUGGCUUUGCGCUUUCAUUGAUGUUAUUCUGCAUAUUUGGAACAGUCUUAUGCUGCUUAGUAUGCCAAGCACCUCCUUUCUCCUUUUUCAAAUCCCUUCUUAACUCUCACUUCUUCCAGGAAUUCUUCCUGCUUUUAUUUGCUGAACGAUAAUCCUUCUGCAGCACUGUACGAAUUUUUGUGCCUUGCAUUUCUCUUGUUUGUCCCAUUUAGCUCACUUUAUAAGAUUUCUUGAGUUAGCUAACUUGACUUUGUGAAGGCUGGAUAAACUGAAUAAACUUAAAUUAUUAUAUUCAUGCUGUUCAGUAGUUUAGAUGAAAUAGCAGAAAAAUCUUCACCUAUAAAAUGUACUAAUCCACAAAAUAUUGAAACCAGAACAUGGAAUUCUGGAAAGCAAAUUACAUGUUUGAGACUUCCCUUCUAUUUCAGGUGCUCUGGCACAAAAUGCCAAAAGAGUUAAUACUGUUAUACGAUAAGCAAUUCUCUACAGCAGGGAGUUGCUUAUUGGGAUAAACACAAGUCUUCAGAGACAGUAUAAUCUUCAGUACAGAGUUUCCUAACCAAUUUCAUUAGUCCAUGUCAUCAAUAGUUUUAACUAAUUCUGGCUUAAGUGCUAAUACAAAUGUUUCUGGUUUUACUUUGACCUCUCUUAUGCUCAUCAAAAAGAGACACUCAUCAAGCCCUUGUGCAGCACCUUUCAACAUAGCUAAAUUAAUACUUUUUAAAAUUGCAAGGCUUAACACAAGGCCAGUGUUUGGAGGUGUAAGAUCUCGCAUUGGGGUCCAGCAAAAUAUUCUAAACAGAUCAUCACCAACUGUCGGCUUCCAGCGGACAUUUGAUGCUCGACAGAAGAUCGGACUCACGGAUGCCCGACACAAACUGGGGGUUAAAGAUGCUCGUGAAAAACUUGUUCAAAAGGACGCUCGGUUCAAAAUCAAAGGGAAGGUGCAAGAUGCUCGAGAGAUGUUGAAUUCCCGUAAACAGCAAAAUGUUGCUGCUGAAAAGGUGACCAAAGUGGUGGAUGCCAGAGAGAAGAUCAGCUUAAAAAGGAGUGCUCCAGCUACUAUCAGUCCAACUAUGGGAACAGUAAAUCCAGCCGUGAAAAUCACCAAAACUAUCCAAAAGGCUCCCGUUCCUGGACACUCUCAUCCAGCGGGAAUGAGGAUCAACGUCGUGAACAACCAUACACACAAACAGGGUCUGUAUGACGUGGAAGAUGAUGAUGAAAGUGUCUCUCCCCUUGCUAGCAAACAGAUGAAAAUCACCACCACAAACAGUUUCCUGCACAACGCGACUGGGCUGAGUGGCAAUAAAUUCUCCCUGGCCAAGACUGUUCCCCUGACUAAAGUGGUACAGAACGAUACGUACACAGCUCCACCGGCACCUCCCUCUCCUAUGCGGACGAAGGCCUUGACAAACAUGUCCCGGACCUUAGUGACAAAGGAGGAGCCUUCAAAAGAACCAGCACCUGUUGAGCUGGCGUUCAGUCCUUUGGAAGGCACAAAGAUGACGGUGAACAAUCUGCACCCUCGAGUCACAGAGGAAGACAUUGUUGAGUUGUUCUGUGUGUGUGGCGCGCUGAAGCGAGCCCGGCUGGUGCAUCCUGGAGUGGCUGAGGUGGUGUUUGUGAAGAAAGAAGAUGCGAUCACAGCAUAUAAGAAAUACAACAACAGGUGCUUAGACGGUCAACCGAUGAAAUGCAAUCUUCAUAUGAAUGGGAAUGUCAUCACCUCAGACCAGCCUAUAUUGCUCCGAUUGAGUGAUACCCCUUCAGUGAAGAAGGAAGGGGAGCCACGCCGGGCAAGUGCAAGCGCCUCCUCAAAUCCCCCAGCUGAGGUGGACCCUGACACUAUCUUGAAGGCACUCUUCAAAUCCUCAGGGGUCUCUGCCUCUGUGCAGCCUACAGAAUUCAAAAUUAAACUCUGAGAAGGGAAAGCAAAGCAGUGGACUGGAAAACUCAAUUUAAGUUGGGGAACGAGAAAAGUGCAGGGGUGCAGAUGUUAUUUGCAUUUGCCUGCCUUGAAAUCUUUUGUUUUCUAUGAUCGCUACCUUACUGUACAAUAGUGUUUCCUCUUGUGUGUGUACUUUCUGUUUUCAUAGUUGGAGUUUUCUUCCAUGAUUUUUUUUUUCUUCCGAAAAGAGUAACCUCCCCCUUCUGCCAGUAAUGUAUUACCAAGCAUAUUACCAUGUAACUCCCUCCUUUAUUCCAAACCCCCUAGUGGCCAUUAAAAGUGCACAUAGACUUUGAGGGAAGGAGUGGUGAUCUCCUUCUCAUUUCUUCUUCUGACUGACCUUUAACUUAAAGGUGCAUCCCCUUGAUUAUCAACAGGCAAGAACACCGCAUUGUUUCUGAAAUUGCUGCGCUGGGUACAAAGUCAGCUGUGGCUCCAUGUCGGAAACACCAUCUUGCAUCUGGGACUUUGAUGCAUUCGGUGGCACGCUGCUUUGUUCUGGCUGUUGGAUGUUUUUUGCUCAGCAGCUGUGACACUGAGAAGAAGUGUGGAAAAACUGAGCUUCCUGCUGUGUAUACCAGCCAAUGGAGGCAUCAGGCAGAAAGAACGUAUGCACGAGCGCACCAUCCAUGGUGCUAUGGCAGGGAUGCUUUAGCUCUGGUAAUGCAGAGAGGUAUGGGGGGGAAGUCUCUGGCAUUUGUACAAUGGAUAUAUUAGCCUUGUAGGGUCAGGCUCAGUUGUUCUUGUCUCUCUGGACUGAAAAAUAAGAAUUUGUGUUCAGAGCUAGAGGAAAUCCAAGUGUUUCACUCCCAUUAAACUGUAUUGCAUCCUCCUGCUGAUGCAGGGACUUUUUUUUUCCUUACUUCCUAAUUUACCCAGUCUCCUAUAAAAAGGAAGGAGCUGGGGCCUUUUUCAGAUACUAAUAUGUAGGAAGCAGUCUUUUCUUGCUCCCGAGAACUCACUUCUUUGAGAGAUGUCAUUUGGGCAAUGUUUGGCCGCUGUACGGGCAUGCUGCUCGCAUGCGUGGGUUUGGAGGGUGAUUUCUGCACUUCAUGGCUUGGAGGGGAGAGCAAUUAGUAAGUACUCUGCGAGGAACACAUAGGAGAGGAAUGUUAAGCAAGUCCCAUGCAGAAGCAGCAAGGAUGUACCUCGGGCCAGUGGGCAUCUGUGACGAGCCAGAGGCCACUAGGUGGCACCUCCAACAUCUCCUUUGUUAGUACAGCGAUAUUGCCAUGGAUGUUAAGUCCCCGUAGCUCCGUUCGUUUGUGUUUGUUCCAAUUGUAGUAUAAGAGAGGAAAGCUAAGAGCCACUUCCAGAAUCUGGUUAGGGUUUGAACUUGAUCCUUCUAGCUGAGAGACUGACCUAAUCCAUUCUGUUCAGCUCCGCUGAACUUAAAUGAACUCUGUCACUGUUUUAGGUCCAGAUUCCAUUGCUUGGUCACCCCCAUGUUUCUUUCGCUUUCUCGUUCUGUAUUAACUCUUUGCUCUAUCUAGCUCGUGAAAACCAUUCCUCUAGCUCACCAUAUCCCUUUUAGCCAUGGAAAUAGCAGGACUUGGCAGGACUUGUUUUUCUGGAGUACUCUCUUUGGUUUGGAAGCCAACGACACCAUUAUUGGUAGGGUGCUUCACGUGAACAGCAGAUGUUUAUAGGGGAGGGGACCUAAGACAGCUAUUGUUCUCCUUUUUUAGAUUGCCCAUCAAACACUUGUGUUUUAAUAAAUAAAAAAAUGGGGGAGGGGGAGGAAACAUUAGGGGUUGGAGAAGAUAAUGUAUUACCUGUUUCUGAAUAAACGUUUGUUAUACAGAGA